AUGGCCCUCCUCGUUUACUCCCAAACAAAGAGAACACUGACCAUGGUGCAAGGGUGGAACCAGAACAACUCCAAGCUUCGUGUGCUGGAAUCAAACUCACAACGCGACUCUCGGCCAAUCUGCACGCUUGCCCCGAAAGAUGUUCUGGUCGCUGCCAUGCACGACCAGCACGUUGAACAAAUCUCUCGCCUCCGAGGUGAAAUUGCCGAACUACAUGAACGGAGCCGCCGUCUAGCCGACAAUUUUCGCGAAGUCCGAAAUACAGCCCUCGACUACCGUGCACGUAUUGCCAUGCUUGAGGCUGCCCCUUUCCCAAACGUCGAAUACAAUGACCCUCCCACCUGCAGACGAUGA